AUCUACAAUCUCCUGAUUAAUCUACCAACCCACACUCAAACACCCCUGAUUCUUGUACCCGCUUAAUUUUACUCAUAGUUCUGUGACGCUGCUUUAAAACGAUACGUAUUGUGGAAGACGCUGUACAAAUAAAUGUGAACACAGCAGCGUGACGAUGUUAUCAAACGGAAUCGCGUUUGGUCCUUGAGGCCGCCGUACGGAGCGAAUGCGGCAGUCGAAGCUGGCGGGAUACAGUGCUGCAUGUGAGGAACACGAUACUGAACAACAACACUGAGACCCAAUGGACCCAAUAGCCAAAUACAUCUCGCAGAAAACCAGCAAGACGCGGUGGCGGCCAGUUUCCCCGGGUUUAUUACAGCAGCCUGAAGUGUUCGCCACGGGAUCCUGGGACAACGAGAAUAACAGAGUGUCGGUCUGGUUGGUGGGAGAUCAUGGAGGCUGUAACACAGACGGAGAGUUUGAUGAAGAGCCGCAGUUGCUGUGUGACUCUCAGCAUGCCGGGGAUGUGCUGGACCUGCAGUUUCUAGAUCAAGACCGGCUCGUUUCUGCAUCUUCAAGCGGGGCUGUGACGAUCUUUAAGCUUCAGCCUGACUGUCAGGCUCUGUCGCUGGCUCAUGUGUGGGAGAGGGCUCAUGGAUAUUCCUGUGAUAAUGCACCCUGCACUGCAGUAGUGUGCAGAAGCCCUGAACUAGUGUCAGUGGGUGAGGACGGCCGAGUUAUUCUUUACAAGGCAGAUCAGACUGAAGUUGUCCGUGUUAUUGAAAAUGCAGAUAGCAGUACGAUUCAUGCCGUGACGUUUCUGAGGACGACUGAGGUCCUCACUGUUAACUCCAUCGGUCAGCUGAAGAUGUGGGACUUCAGACAGCAGAGUGACAGUCCUGCGCAAAUUCUCUCUCUGUAUGAUUCACUCAUACUAGUUUAAGAAACCAUAAUUAGCAUUGGAUUCAUUUGAAUCUCCAGAAAGCUGAAGAACAUGUCCGUUCACACCAGAAUCAAAAAAAUCUUAUUUUGCAUGAAAA